GCAUCGGUUGCGAUCGGACGGAAGUGCAUUCGUGGAAAAGACCGGUUUAACCGCGCGCGGCGUUGAACUCACCCCGGUUGGUUAGUUGGUGAGAGUUUUUUUUUGUUGUUUUUUCUGUGUUUUGUGCUGAUGGCUGCUGCUAGCAGCUUGCUGUAGGGUUUGUUUUUUUUUUUUUCAUUCGUUGCUCGUGUGCUACCCUGGAUGGAAAAAUAAAAAGUGCAACGGGAGCUUCCAUUUUUUCCGAUCGCGCAAACUGGCGGCGGGUACGCAAUUUGCAAUUAAAGCGCGGCGUAUCGAUAAAUGUGCUGUCCUGGUUUGGUGAGUUAAUUUCGGAAGAAAACAACGAUUGAUGAAUGGAAGAAAAUUGAUGCACGGAAAAUCGGAAGCUGUGUGAAUGGUGCCGCAAACAAAGUGUGUAAUAUGAUUGAAGAAAAGUUAAAUCAAACAGUGUUUUGAUACGCAGCAGCAGCAGUAUUAUGGGGUUGGUUUCGAAGGAGUGAAGAAAAUUUGGCUACUCUUCCGCCCUCCCUCCAGGGAACAGGAAAAAUUUUCACCAGUAGUAUUGGUGUCGAAGGGCUUCUUCCUUGGUCCAUGCACUUCACCUUGGACGAGUGAAAAGUCGAGCGAUUCUGUGUUGUCGCCUUGUAUCGCAUUCCUUUCGCUGACAGACCUGGCGCAUCCAAGUGGGCGUAGAAUUGAAGUCAUCCACAUGUUUUACACACGCUUUUUGAGAGCUCGCUUUUACCAUCGCAGCUGAGCAGAUGAAUUGAAUGGCGGCGGAAUACCAAGUCGAUUCGAUCGGCCCAAUAAAACCAUAACAACAAAACUGGAACUACGUGGGAACUUGACUGUGUCCCAAAAAUAGAAGCUCGCUCUCGGCUGCGGGGGUGGCAAAACAAAGGCAGCAACAACCAGUACCCGGUUAAUAAACACUGUGCAUAAAUAUUGUGUAAGACAACGCUCUAAUUGCAAACACUACUUACCAGUUCGAGUGGUCCAAUAGGCUUGUCCUCUAAGCGAAAAAAUCGGAAUAUGUAAAUCGGAAAAGCUGGGGGAUGAUGCGGUGAGGAGAAGAAAACAAGAGUGAUUUUGGUGUUAUAUGUAUAUCUAUGCAUUGCCAAGCACCCGCAAGAAGCAGUCGAACAGCGCAUGAAAGAUUUAUGGAUCCAGAGUUAUUGCUGUGGAUACUCGGAGUUCCAUGUAUUGGUACAUUUGAAUGCUGUUAUUCCUCUUUGGUCUCACUUUCCGGCUGCGAGUUGACCAAAUAAACUGAACAACUCCAGUGCGGUUGUUUAGGGUGUUUGUAGUGGUUAUAAACAAGUAUCGAAGGUUUGUGUAUAUCGUUGCUCAAAGUGGUUUAACACCUUCGCUGUGUCUCUGUCGUGAAAAGUGCGCCUGUGAAUGUGUCAGUCGAAUGUGUUUAGAAGGUCCUGGAGUCUGCAUUCAAAAUAAACAAAGUCUGAAAACUGGCUGCCUAUCCAUGACUUUUGUCUCCAUAGUCUGAAAAUAGCUCAAGAACCCACCAAUAAUAUUUCAUGAUUUCAACAUAACAUCUCUCAAAUAACUGCCUAUACCUAUACACAAAAAUUGUCUUCUGUCGCCGGCUUUCCUCGUUGAAGACUACACCAUCGAUUUUUCAUCACAACAAUAUCGGCUAUCUGAUUUAGAUCAGUUGGCUGUUGGUGUACAUCUAAAACCUAAAAACGCUGGUCACUGUUAAUCGGACUCGAACUUCCGGACCGAAUCCACACAAUAGACCCGAGUUGAAUUCAUCCACCACGUUUGAUGGAAACCAUAAAAAACCAGCACCACAAACAUCUGGAAUUGGCAUUAUAGCAGCACGAAAUGUACACUGCAAAUUCACGAACAGAACAAUUCCACCCAACGCAAGCAAAAAACAUCUUGCAAAGUAAAUAAAAUAUCACAUCAAAAACACAGUCAGUCCGGACGACGACUGGCAGUCGUCAACCGACGGAACCCAUCUGCCAAACGAAUAAUAUCUCGCCGGUCGCCUGCGUCAUCCAAAAACCUACCUACUAGUAGUGACUCGUCCUCGUUCGCAAAUAUCGGACCAUUCGGUGCUAAUCAAGCUAUGGACGAUGAAAUCCUGAAGACGGUAGAGUCCAUGCUCGGCACCAACAUCCAGGUGGUUGACUGUGAGAAAACCCAAACAAUCCAGGAGGAGGAGGUAUUGCUCAUCAAUGGUGUGCCGGUCACAUUGGAAGGAUCCGAUGGCAAUGCCAUCAAGAAGGCGCUCAUAGCCGGUGAAAUACCAUCUUGCGAGAUGCUCAACCAGUUGCUGUUCCGGGCAGGAGUUUUGCGCCAACCGGUUCAACUGGAAACGUCACUCAGUGUCAAAACGAGUACCGUAACAACGGAGGACAUUACCAUAGCCAGGAAUGGGCGCAUACUGGACGAAAGAUCGUGCGAGACUAAGGAGAAUAAUUACUACACCAGUACGUCCAGCGAGAUCUGGGAACCGGUCAGUAGGUUGAAAAAGAAAAAGCAACAGGAAAUGAUCAAUGCCGCAACUGUCGAUGAUAUGCUUGCGAAGCAGCUCAAAAACGAAUUGUACUUAGUGACGAAUGAAUCCUCCUGUGAGAAUGUUCCGUCCCACCCGAUGCGCCAAAACUCAAUUUGCACAGAAUCUUCCACGUGUUCAUCGACCGAAUCGAACUACUCUUCGUCACGGCCUGUGAGCAAUGUUUCGAAUGCUUCCUACGACAACUUCGUAUGCCAAAUCACGCCCACACAUCCAAGGACGGGAUCGGGAGAGCUCAACAGAUCCAUAACAAAGAUUUCACCUCAUAAACAACAAAGUAUAAGCUGCGAUUCUGGAAACGACGAGGUCACGCUAACGUCGGUCUACAGUAGCGGCAUCGGCGGCGGAGGAUUUCAUUCGAUCAACGGCCUCAGCAAGACCAACACGGUUAACUCGAUCCAGACCGAUUCUUCCUUUGGCUGUGAAUUUUCGCCGCACGCUUCCUUCAACGGUGACGAACCAGAUUUUGCCACCGUUAUCGGAAACAGCCGGACGAAAGCGGGCGUGGGAGGCGGAUCGAUUUCGCCGCCGACUCAGAAGAAAAGGAACCGGCCCCUACUAGUGCGAUGUCGUCCUCAGCGGCACGUGGUCAAGAAUAAUGACGCCAGCACAAACAUCGUAGACGAUCCGAGCCUCAACGACGACAAUUGUCUGGUGUAUCGGGAUGGUAAUCUCGUUUCCGGCACGCUGGAGACGCUGAUCCGCCACAUGGUGCCAACGGACGAGUACUAUCCGGACCAGUCAUACCUAUUUGCGUUUCUACUGAGCGCGCGACUCUUCAUCAAACCGCACGAGCUUCUGCAACAAGUAUGUGAUAUCUGCCAUCAGCAGCAGCAGCUCAGCAUACAUCUCACCAGCAACAGCAGCAUCAACAACAACAACGGCAGCAGCAAUAACAACAACAGCCACCAUAAUAGCAUCGCUAAUCAGCUAAAAUCAACACAUUUGAGCCGGUUUGCCUGCAACUUCGUUCAGCUGCUUUCCGAAUGGAUUGAAACAUUCCCGUACGAUUUUCGUGACGAACGUGUGAUGCAGCAUGUUCGCAGCAUGACACAGAAAUGCAUCACGAUGGAUGGCAAGCUGCGUAACGAGGUUUCGACGUUACUGCAAAAUUUGUUGCAGAAGCUCAAACAGCUCGAGCGCUAUGAAGAGUUUCUGGACAAAAUCAACGUCGACACCACCAAUCCAGACAGCUGUGAUACGAGAGCGGGCCAGCAUCGGACCGAUUCUCGGACAAGCAGCAACAGUUUCCAUCAGUCCAUUGAGAAGUCAUCGUCUUCGAUACAUAACCAGACGUCUUCGUCGACCUCUUCCGUGAACAGUAUAUCCUCGAUAAGUUCAACCCUUUCCACGCCAGACAUCACCGAUCUCUGCCCUAGUCCUUCAGUAUUAUCCCACCAAUUGACUCACAUCGAGCUGGAACGGUUAUCCUUCAUCGGGCCCGAGGAAUUUGUACAAGCGUUUGCCAAAGAGAAUCCCAAUGUUGACACAUCUAUUAAGGAUAUGAAGAAGACUCGUAAUCUAGAAUCUUACGUUCAGUGGUUCAAUCGGCUGUCCUAUAUAGUGGCCACAGAGAUCUGUAAACAUUCUAAAAAGAAGCAACGCGCUCGCGUGAUCGAGUAUUGGAUCGAAACGGCGCGGGAGUCGUUCAACAUUGGCAAUUUCAACACUUUGAUGGCCAUCGUCGCCGGCCUGAAUAUGGCCCCCAUUGCUCGGUUGAAGAAAACGUGGGCUAAGAUCCAGUCAGCCAAAUUUUCCAUAUUGGAACAUCAAAUGGAUCCGACUAGCAAUUUCAGCAGCUAUCGAUCGACACUCAAGGCUGCCAUGUGGCGAUCCGAGGGAGCAACUGACGAGCGGCAGCGAAUUGUCAUUCCAUUCUUCAGCUUACUAGUCAAGGAUUUGUACUUCCUCAAUGAGGGUUGCACCAACAAAUUACCAAAUGGCCAUAUAAAUUUUGAAAAGUUCUGGCAACUAGCCAAGCAGGUUAACGAAUUCAUCGGCUGGAAGCAAGUGACAUGCCCUUACGAGAAGAACAGUAAGAUCAUCAUGUUCCUACAGACCAACAGUAUUUUGAACGAAAACACCUUGGCUAUGGCCUCGUUCGAUUGUGAACCACCGGAAAAUAGCAGCGAAAAAGAUCGCUACAAAUCGCUGAAACACGAACACCUAAACAACUAAACAGAAUUAUCUGUUGAUAGCAAUGCAUACAUACUUCGUACUUCUCAAUUAAUCUGAUUCUGAACCACUUACAAAACACCGAAGAAACAACAUACAAACACACGAUUGAAUCCUUCGGUAGAAAAAAAUGUUCUUUUUUCGCACAAUUUUUUAACGAUACUUUAGACAGAUUUUCUGGAAUUUACUUACAAUACACACAACUACCUACUCAACCAUAGAAACAAACAAAAUAAGGGGAAUUUUCUCCAAAAUGACAUUGCAUUUAGAAAAACAAAAGAUUUUUUAGAUAUUUUAUAAACAUAUAAGACGGAAUCCUUUAUAAGAGUUCAUAAGUAAAAACACAACCCAAAUUUUUUUCAAACAAAGCUAUUGAGAAGAAAACAUAAACCAAUAAUCGCAUGCAACGGUACGAAACAAAUGGAAAUGAUCAUAUUGAAUUUGUCGGUAGACAAACUAGCGUAUUGCAUCAGUAAUUGAAAAUAGGUAUUGUACGCGAUUAGUCGUACGUGUGUUUGGAAUUCAAUAGGUUAAGUUGUGCUUACAGCGUAUAACUAUUGUUUGGGUAAAUCGUUCAUUAUUGUUUUUUUUUCGUUCACCCAGUGAAGGUAUAGAAAGGUUUAUUCUAGGAUCGAACCUCUUUUGUUGUGCAUAUUUAUGAAAUGUGCUUAAUAAGGCUUAUCAAACUUUAUUUUCAGCAACAAAAGUAGCGGCAAGUCAUUGUGAUUAGAUUAUUUCCUCGGUGUACCCUCUUUAGCGUGUCGUAGUUGAUAGAAGUUUAAGUAUUUAUUAUAACUUUGUUGAACUUUUGUUAGUUUUUGUGUAAGAAUUUUAUUUAGUUUUGUUAUUUUGUGUUUGUAAUUGAGCAUAAUUAGGAAGACCUGUAUACUUACUGUUCCCGGUGAAUGUCAAAGAAAACUGUAGCUUUAAUCUGAGUUGCGCAAAGUAUUUACCUGCUCCUUCUAUCGAGCAAACUGUAAAGAACCACUUCGAAUAGUUUUUGUGUAUUAACCUAGAGACUUGAUGCGUCGUUAAUGAUGUAUUUAAAAAAAGAUAUUAUUUCCUGAUUGAAAGCUAAAGUUUUGUUCUCCUUAAAAAUGAAAAUAAAAGAUAUAGGCAUGCGUAUUAUUUACGAGCAUCAAGACGGUAAGCCUGAAUUACAAAACAUUACAAUUUGAGCGCGAGUGAUAUAAGGAAAUCUCCCUAGAAGGACGGGGAAGGUAAUUUAGAAAUCUUGGUAAAAUAUCAUAAAGAAAUAACCUGUAGUUGCCUUUCGGCGAGCAUAUUUUUACACUUUAACCUGCAGCUCUCACUCACAAUUUCUAGCGGUGAAAACUCGAAAACAACUCUACUGAAAAGAACACAUACUCUACACAAAUACAAAUGAAUAAGCAAGUAUCAUGGAAAUAAAAAGUAUUAAAAACAAGUACAUUACAAACAUCCCCAAAA